CAAUUCCCAAAUCCAAAGCCCUAUUUUAGGUCAGCAUCUAGCGGCAAGGGUUUUUGGCAGCUUCGCACUGUCUCGAGUCUCAAACACACAGCUGAGAAGCUUCUCAAGGGUUGAGCAAUGGCGUUCAUCGGUAAAAUUGGAAAGCUACUCAAGAAUUCUGCUGUCAAGCACAUCAAUCAAGAUUUUUCUUUGUCUAAUCCUUCGGUUUUCCAAGCGAUUAGAUCCAUGUCAUCUGCAAAACUUUUUGUUGGAGGUAUUUCAUAUAGCACUGAUGAUAUGAGUCUGCGAGAAGCUUUUGCUCGCUAUGGAGAAGUAAUUGAUGCAAAGGUUAUUAUGGAUCGUGACACUGGCAGGUCCAGAGGUUUUGGCUUCAUAACUUUUGCAACAAGUGAGGAUGCGUCUUCUGCUGUUCAAGGCAUGGAUGGCCAGGAUCUUCAUGGUCGAAGGGUACGGGUGAAUUAUGCCACUGAAAGGUCACGUCCAGGGUUUGGUGGUGGCUAUGGAGGUGGUGGCGGAAGUGGCUAUGGAGGUGGUGGUGGCUAUGGUGGGGGUGGUGGCUAUGGCGGCGGAGGCUAUGGAGGCAGUGGCGGCUAUGGUGGUAGUAAUUAUGGAGGUAACAACAACAAUAGGGGUGAAAGUUAUGGAAGUAGUGGUUAUGGUGUUACAGGCAACUAUGGGGAUGGCAAUACUGGAACAAAUUACACUAGUGGUGGUGCUAGUAAUUACCAAUUAAAUGAAAAUUCUGGUGGAGAUCUAGGCUUUGGCUCUGACAGCGGAGAACUCGGCCGCAAGUCUGGUUUGGGAUAUGAUGGUCAAUUUGGAAGCAACCAAAAUGACACAAGAGUCACAGAUGAUGGAGAAUCCAUUGAGCCACUUGAAGACAGUCAUGUGAGAGAGAACAAUGAUGAGCCUGAUGACUACGCUCAAACCCGGGGGUGAGAGUAUUUUCCCAAUGAAGAAAUUCCUUUGUUAAGAGCGAAUAACCUGUGGGGUUGAUGAUAAUUAGAUGUGCUUCAAAUAUUUGUUUGCUCUUCUCUUCCCCUUUUAGCUUUUCUGAACUUCAUUGUUUGACUUGAAUUUGAUAGUUUGUCAGUUCAGCGACUGAUGUAAAAUAGGAUUUGUCUAUGCGUGAAUUGCAACUAUAUUUAGAAUGAUUUUAUUUUUGCACCGUUUGACGCUUGGAAUGAUAAACGGUAUAUAUAAAACUCACUAUAUUGUAGUCAAUAAUGUGAAAUGGCAUGUU